AUGAGUGACACCCGCUACCGCGCUGCCCUUCCUGCUGAGUUCCGCGCUGCGAACCCUCCUCCCAUGUACAUCACUCUCUACUUUCUCGUCACCCGUCUCCCUGAGUCCCUUCGUGUCGUUAGGGACCAGUUUCUCUCUGUCUGUCCCACCACUCUCACUGUCGACCUCCUUGAGGAGUCCCUGCUAGCGGCUGAGAAGAGUAUUGUCGCUGUAGGGGCCUCUCGGGGUGACCCUCGCACCCCCAUCUCUGAGGGGUGUGGUCCCUCCCCCCUGCUGCCCUCUGUCGCCUCUGCCGCUGCGGCCGACCUCGUUGGUUUUGAGUCGGUCGGCGCGGCGUCUGCCCCCAGUGGCAGACGCCGCACUGGCAAGGGCAAGGGGGGCAAGGGAGCGGGUGGAGCCAGAGGGGGCGGUGGAGGAGGCGGUGGGGGUGGAGGGGGGAGUGGGGGUGGCGGGGGGGGUGGUGGCGGGAGUGGAGGUAGUAGUGGCGGCGGUGGAGGCGGAGGUGGCGGCGGAGGUGGUAGCGGAGGAGGCGGUGGGAGCGGUGGGAGCGACGGUCCUGGUGGGGGAGGUGGCGGUGGCGACGGGGGUGGCGGUGGAGGCGGGGGUGGCGGUGGAGGAGGGGGUCGGAGUGGCUCGUCCCAGCGGAGCAGCUCUGGGGGUGGUCAGCGCCAGCAGCAGCAGCAGCAGUAG